AUGGCCGCGAUCGGCGAGGUCAGCCUGCGCCAGCUGACGGGCCGCGAACUCCUGGGAGGGGGGGGGUGGCUGGACCUGCUGAUUGGCAAGAACGGGCUCGGGCACGCGAUCAUCAGGAAGCUGCGUGACAUAGGCCCCGAUCCAUCGACGAUCAACGAGAUGGAGACGUGGAUCGGCGGUCGCGACGCCUGCCGUGACGUGGUCGGACACAAUGCUGGCGAGAAGAGCGCGUCCUGGCGCGCUGCGCUGAGGGGUGCUCGCUGCGACCGCGCGGUCCAAGGGGCGCUGGCUGGCCUGGGGGCGAAGGAUCAGCCGGGGGGUGAGAUGCCGUCGAACGUAAUCUUUUCCAUUUUCGACGUCGGCGUCCGUCGUGGCGGGCGCAAGUUAGGCCAGCCCUUCCAGAGCGAGGAUGAGGAGGCGCCCAAGAAGGAUGGGCGCGCCCUGCUCCUGCAGACCACCGAGGAGCCCGUGAGGGAUCAUAGGGGCAAUUACUCAGGCGUCUACGG